CGCAAGUUACAUUGUAUACAGUCGCAGAGAACGUGCCGUAGAAUUUCGACAUUAAAUGAUGAAAAGAGCCACCCUGCCAAGGCAAUAACAAGGGCCAGGUAGCAUCAAAAAUGCUAAACGCCCCUACCCCUAUUCCGUGUCCCAUAUGCUCACAACGCUGACCCUAUCGUGAUAUCUCAUAUCUUCAUUCAUGUUCGCAUCUCUUAAUUCUUGAUAUCCAAAACUUGUGUCAACACACCCUCGCUCGCUCUCCACCAGCGAGCUCUCUCCUCCAGGUCAUCCGCUGCACCACCCAAAGCGGCCUCCUUUCUCCUCCUCGCCUCACGCGCAGCAGUCGCGCUAUUUUGGCGCUUGUUCUCAAGAGGCUGCAGUUCAACACGAAGUCUUUCAGCCUCCUUUCUCUUCCGAGGGACCUUGGCUUGUAAGGACUCCAGCUCUCGCGCGAGUUCCUGCUGUUCGAGCUUGCGUUGGUUGACAAGAUCCUGAGUUUUGGCUAGAGGCAGAUUCAUGCUGGGGGCGGAUCCUUCUGGGGUCUCUAGUUCUGUGCGUAAUUUUUCAAUUCGCAUUUCCAAAUCCUCGAUCUUUGUAGGCAUCUCACGCAGCUUUGCCGAUUCAAGUUGCACAUUCUCGUACUUCUGGCUAAGCUCGAUACCUCUCCUCUCAAGAUCUGCCACCAUAUCCGCCACUUCUGUCUUUAGCUCUUUGAGUUGCUUCUUGGCAACGGCGUUUUCCUUUUCAAGCUCCAGAUUCUCUUCCAUUGUGACAAUCAUUGGUGGGUCGCCGACAAUGGCUCGGAUGAACUUUUCCUUUGUGACUUGUUGCACAUAUGAAAAGCGCAGUUUGGCGAAGAGUUCCUUAUAGUGUGCUAGAUCGGCUGUUAGGCCUGCGGGAGUUGGCGCGUCAAAGGCUGAAUUUGAUGCAUCUGAUGUUCGUUGCCGGGCAUCUUGAGGCCUUGAGCUUGAGAUGGGUUCACUUAGUUUUAUAAUUGAGAUUUCUUGUGAUGACUGAAGUUUGUUCAGGGUUUCAAGAACCUUUUCUGGGUUUGGCUGACUCAUUAUGAGUAGAGGACGGGAAUACCGUGACACAAUAAGACCAAUUAUUAGGUUCGUGAUAGAAAGUUGAUUGUGUUUAGUUGGACGCGGAUAUGUUUACUUCGAAACCUAAUUUGGGUUAGUGGAAUACCGUUUGGGCCACAGGCGGUGUGGAGGGGCAGAAGACUGCUGACAUCAAUGCAUAGCACUUCUAGCCAAACACAAGAGUUGCAACCUCAACUUACAACCUCUUUUUGGCGCAAUUUCGGGGCGAUAUACAUAUCUUGCGACUGGCGCGUCUCCUGAGCUCUCGAACCCGAUCAACGAUGUCAAAGAACGACGAAAUUUUAACCGAUGAUUAUGUUGCGGACCUCUUGGCGCAAGAGGCAAGCGACUGCUCUCUCAAAUAUUCAGCCAUGGGUAUGGAAGCAUAUCGCACGAAUAAGAAACCUGCGAAUAUGAUGAAACCCAACACCCGAUUUCUACGACACAUUAUAAAGGAUACCGACAAUCACAACAAGGCGCUGCUAGCCAAAGAGGCCGCCGAGUCCAAGGCACGGCUCAAGGAUCUCGAGCGCACGGAAGAAAUCAAGCGGCGCAAGACAAACCCGAGUGUCCAUGAUAUUCGACGGCGCCAGAUGGGCGAUAUUCAUGCCAUCCUAGGCGGCAAGAAACGACCAAGAAAUGAAGAUGAGGCUGGGCCUUCUUCAAGGAGAAAUUCGCAACGUACCGACAAGGAUCGAAAGCAGGAACGCGAACAUGACCAGAAAUCAGACGACCUUUUUACAGAUAAACGCAGCGAGCGGCGGCGACAGGGUCGACUGUCGCGCGACGAUCGUCGCGGUAAGACUGACGAUGAAUCGAGACGGUCGGAUAGGUCACGAAGGGAUCACAGACGGCGCGAUAGAUCACGGAGCAGAGACAGAGCUUCCGAAGAAGAAGGGCAUCAUCGUCGCAGUCAUAAACGGAGAGACAGGUCUAGAUCACCUUCAAGCCGACGACGGUCUCGAUCGCCCAGGGAAUCUAGGAGUUGGCAUCGACAUCGAUUGCCUCUGGAAAAGAAUGAGGACCGCAAGCGGAAGAAAGAGGAAGAAGAGGGAUCGGAUGCCAUGGAAGAUCUGAUGGGACCCGCACCGCCCCCGAAAUACCGGGGUCGAGGAACAGUGGGAGGGUCCUCGGGUAUCGAUCGACGGUUUUCAGACACAUACGAUCCCAAGACUGACAUACAAAUGGAUGAAGAUGAGGUUGGCAAUGACUGGGAUGAUGCUGUUGAGGCGUUUAGAGACCGCCAAAAGCUGCGACAAAAUCAGGAGCAACGUCUAAAAGACGCCGGUUUUGCAGACGAGCAAAUACAGCGUGCGAGUGGUGCAGAUGAAAAGUCUGCGGAAAGUGUGCAAUGGUCCAAGGCUGGGGAGAAGAGGGCUUGGGAUGUUGGCAAGGUGAUCGGGUCAGACGGAGUGGCCCAGCCAGAAGUUUAGGUGAGCGUGGGUACGACCAACAGACUGGAUCGAGUUUAUGAGCCGAGACAAUGAUGAUUGGAUAUAGCGUAACAUUCACUGCCUUGUUUUGAGGGAUUGCUUUGGGCGGGUUGAUCAGGGAGACAACGACCUUUUGGAUAAACAUGGACGUACAGCGGAGUUCAAAUAGACGCAUUGGAAAUAGGACACGCGCGUACUAAUGAAAAGGCUAGACGAAUGUCACAACGAAGCCUCCACUAUAGCCCAAACCGGUGCUAUUAAGGCAGAAUCACAAGUCACUGAAGUCAGUACCUAUGUACAGACGCACGGAUAGAAUCACAAUACAAUCAGAAUUACAAAACUGAAUUCGGUGCCUGGAUCCGGGCAAGCCAGAAGUGGCAUGGAUCAAAAACGCCAUGUUUGACCAGAUCGCGGUGGUGGCACAAUUACACGUCCGGUUCUGGCAAUCCCUAACUUUGAGGCUGGAUAGCGGUAACGCCGAUGAAGCGAUGCCCAAGCCCGACAAUCACAAGUCAUUAAUUUAACUUGAAUACAAGCUUAAACUUGAUUUAAAGAUACAAUCGAGGAUGAGGUUAUCCCUUUUGCCCAAGGGAUUGUUGAUCUCAACCUCAAGCAGCCCCUUCAGCCCUUUAGCCCUUUGGAUAGGGAGAAGUGACGAACAAACAAGGCCAAAAAGCUUGGUCGACGCACGUCCAAGGGAAUCAAUCAAUAAUGGAUCUAUUUUAAGGUCAACCAAACGAAACGUGGACCUGCAUCUGCAGACCCGUUACGUUGCCGAGGCAGGGCAGGGUUAGAUUUAGAUCAGGUACGAGAGAGGGAUCUUUGUUCAGGCCGUCUUUAUACGAGCUUGAUUGGUGUAUUCGUAUCUUGUGUUGUGCAAGCACUUUUGAGGGUCGAUCAUUGGAGGUAGCGUAAU